CGCGGGCUCGUCAUUUGUGCCUGUGGAUCCACGGGAAGGGUGGCCGAAAGUGCUAUGUUGUUAAGGCGCAUUGUCGAAAGUGACAUCUUUGAUUUCAUCCUGACAUUUGCAGGCGUAUCAACGAUGGAUUCGGUCGUGGUCCCUGCGUUGAAUCGGUUCAUCGAAAACGUUUACAUAUAUGACAUGAAGUUCUGGGACGCACUGGAGGAAUCGUUUGGGGAAGACAGACACGCCCUCAACCAAUCACCAGUAUUUCUCUCCUUCUCUGAGACGCACGUCGGGCAAAAUAACGUGCGACUACGCGUGGUUUAUACGAGAGUCCUGGCAUACUCCAAUCUCAAGGACAGGAGGCCUUGGGGGCUAGACAUAUACCGAUGUUUGAAUCCAGACUGCCAAGCCCCUGCAUACAACAUGAGCUUCACUCGUCAUGGAAAGCAGUUUUAUGGGAAGCACUGGUUGACCACAAAAAUAAAGUAUGCAUGUUUGGAGUGCAAAAACCGUGGAGAAGGCCAUUCCAUGUCCAAGCUGGAUACACGCGGCUCAGUCUCAGAACUAUGGAGCGUAUGGUACGAGUGGCCACUCACCUCCGAGCAAGAACGGGAAAUCGGCAUCAUAUCUUGA